AUGAGUCAAGCAGGGAAAUUCCUGCUGCUGCCAGGACUGCUGGUCUAUAAAAUGCUCCUGCUUCAGCCUUCCCACUGUUCUCUGCAGAGCACAUCAAAGCCGAGGCAGAACAGCAGCAGCUGGGUGGACAUGAAGGGCAUGGCCAUGGCCUUCGCUGUGCUAAUCUGUGCUACAACUGUCCAAGGCUUCACUAUGUUCAGAGUGGGGCGCUGCCUUUGCCUAGACCCCGGAGUGAAAGCCGUCAGGAUGGCAGAUAUUGAGAAAGUCUCCAUAAUCUACCCGACUAGAGGCUGUGCCAAAGUCGAAGUGAUUGUUACCCUGAAAGCCAAUAAAGGAGAAAGGUGUCUGAACCCCAAAUCAAAGCAAGCACGCAUCAUACAACAGGCAAUAGAGAGAAAGAAUUCUUCAAAGCGCCAGAACCACGUGAAGUCCUAAAGAAAAGGGGGCUGGAAACCUGAAGAGUCCGUGACAACUCAAGCAUGAACUGGGAGACAAGAGCUCGACCUUCUGUCUUGGAAUAUACACCCAUAAAUUACCAAGUCGCAAAACCUUCUAGGAAGUUUGAUAUGCCUAACUAUUCUGCUUGGCUAUAGAAAUAUUUAUCUCUAAAAGUCACGUGUCUGCAUGGGUGCGCAUUCCGCGUUACCUUCUGUGGUUACAAUGGACUCACUGUUACUGGAGCCCAGUCCAGUACUGGACUCAAAAGCAUCUGUGUGUGUAGUAAGACAUUCCUUAAAGGAUUUUUCAUACAAAUAAACAUUCAUUUCCCCAAAUAUCCCAAGGCACAUAAGCAUCUAGAAGAAAGUUUCCAUGUAGCAUCUUGUUUGUUCAUUCACGAGAUGUACUGCAGACAGUUCUGGAAAGAAUCCUAAUGCUUCCUUGAAAACAUAUGCAUAUCAAUCUAUUCUUUUUGAUUCUGUUUCCGAGAAAAAUAUAUACUUUGGACAUUUCCUUUGUCAAACUGUGAAUGGUAGGGAUAGCUAAAACUGGCUUUCUUUAAAAAGAAUAAAAUUUGUGUUUUUCUA